UGAAUUCAAUACAUAUUUAAAAAUUUCUUUUUGCACUUUUUUUUUUGUUUUAAUCAAAUCAUUUAAAAAUGGAAAAAUAGUGAAAUAUAUGAAUGAAAGAUGAAAAUUUUUGUGCCUAUUUCACAAAAACGAAAAAGUCUUUUGAUCCAAAUUGCAAUUACUAUUUGUGUUUCGUUUACGUCAAUUGGUUGUGGUACAAGUCUUUCAUGGACAUCGCCCGCAUUACCAUAUUUAAAAACAAAUAAUUCCAAAAUUCCAAUAUCAGAAUUCGAAGGAUCAUGGAUAGCAUCAACUUUAGAUAUUGGCGGUGUUAUUGGAAAUUUAAUAAAUCCACUUUUUUCCCCAUUUAUGGGACGUAAAUAUUGUCUAGCAAUAUCAACUUUAUUUCAAAUAAUUUCAUGGCUAAUGAUUAUUUUUGCAUAUAAUGUGAAAAUUUUAUAUGCAUCACGAUUUAUUAAUGGUUUGGCAAAUUCGAUAGCAAUAAAUUUUGCCAUGAUGUAUAUUGGUGAAAUUGCAGAAAAAAAUAUAAGAGGAAUAUUACUUUUAAUAUUGAGAAUAAGCUUACAGAGUGGUAGCUUAAUUGUCCUUAUAUUUGGGGCAUAUCUUCCUUAUAAUAUAAUGAAUUUAUCAGUCCUUUUAAUGCCACUUUUAUAUAUAAUUACAUUUGCCUUUAUUCCUGAGAGUCCAUAUUAUCUAUUAUUACACGAUAAAAUGAAAGAGGCACAAAAUUCUUUAAUUCAAUUAAAUGGAACAAAUAAUUGUGAAAUUAUUGACAAUGAAAUUUAUCGAAUUAAUUCAAUGGUUAAAAAUGCAAAAGAAACUAAAACAUUGGCAUUGUGGGAUUUAUUUUAUUUAAAAGGCAAUAGAAAAGGAUUUUUUCUUUUAAUUUUAUUGCAUUCAACAAAAACAUUGUCGGGAAGAUAUGCAAUUGCUGCUUAUACACAAGAAAUAUUUAGUUAUAGUGGAUUUUCAUUGGCACCUGAAUUAUCAGCGAUAUUAUAUACAAUUGUUACAUUAUUAAUGUUAUUGAUUGUAUCACAAUUUAUUGAACGUAUUGGAAGAAGAAAAAUUGUUCUUUAUUCGUCAAUAUUCUCUUCAAUUGGCUUAAUAAUUGUGGGAUUAUUUUUUUUUAUUAAAUUUUCACUUAAUUUUGAUGUAAAUUCAAUAACAUGGUUACCAUUGUUUGGUUUAAUAUUUUAUAAUAUUGCCUCAACAUUGGGAGUUGGUUCAUUAACAUAUGUUAUAACAGGUGAAAUUUUUUCACUUUAUAUUAAAGUAACAGCUAUUACAUGCUCGGCAAUUAUUGCCGAUAUUAUGAUAUUUUUUGUUAAACUCUCAUUUCAAUGGAUGAAUAAUAUAAUUGGUAUUUAUACAACAUUUUGGAUUUAUUCCAUUUGUUGUUUUAGUGGUGGAAUUAUAUUUUUUAUAUUUUCACCUGAAACUAAAGGUAAAACAUUAGAAGAAAUUCAAGAUAUUUUACAUUUAUCGAAUAAAAAAAAUAUUGAUAAAAAUUCAAAUUCAUUUGUUUGGACAAAAUUAUGA